UUCAGCAGCAGUAGUAGUGCCUUCCCUGCCUGGCUGCAUUCUUACAACAGAUCUGGGGCAAGAAGACAUCGGGUCAUGCAUUGAAUCAGAGACUGGUGGAGAAAAUGGUGCAGUUUCUGUCUUUGCUAAUAUAGAGCAGUGGAACUUGGGUUUGUUAACAAAAUAGAUUAUUUUUAAACAAUUUCAACUAUUUUUGACAAACAUGGGGUGCUCCUCAUCCAGUGCACAGACUGUUGAUCAGGAGAAAAGACCAGGUACAAAGCCAGAGGAGGCCAAUGGAGAUACAGUGGCAGUCAGAAAUGGCUUCAUUGCAGAAGAUGUACAAACCAUCGAGGACCAGAUACAGUUGCCUGUGCAGACUGCCUUACCGGACAAUUUCCAACCAGGAGCCGAUGAUGAAGCUGAUGUUGUGUUGGUAGCCCUGGAGGCCCAGGAGGAUCUUGGGUCUGGGGAGGACCUCCUGUCUGCUCCUGAGCCACAACUAGAACCUGUUAGCCCUUCAGAGCCAGUUCCAGAAACUGCUGCUCCAACUGAAGCCUACACUGAACCUGAGGCUGCACUACCCCAUUUAGAGAAAGCCGUCCCUGUAGAAACUUUGCUGUCUGAGGCAACUCCUGUGGUCGAAGCCCUGGUUGAGGAGGCCACUGCUGAUCUAGCUGUGCAGGCAGAGGCCCCUGCUGAUGUAGAUGUGCAGGCAGAGGACGCUGCUGAUGUAGCUGUGCAGGCAGAGGACGCUGCUGAUGUAGCUGUGCAGGCAGAGGACCCUGCUGUUGUAGCUGUGCAGACAGAGGCCCCUGUUGUUGUAGAAGAGGAAGCAGCUCUAGCUGUUGAGGCCCCUGCUGUAGUGGCUGCUCAUGUGGAGGGAGAGGCUCCAACUGACAAUUCUGCAUCCGCUGCUACCUCAACAGAAAAAUGUGUAUACCCAGAACCCUUUGAAUCUGCUACCCCAGCACCAACUGAAGCCCCAGCACCAGCUGUAGCUGCAGCUGCAGUCCCAGCACCAGCCCCAACACCAAAUGAAGCCCCAGAACCAGCUGCACCAACAACUGAAGCCCCAGAACCAGCUGCAGGACCAUCUGAAGCCCCAGCACCAGCUGUAGCUGCAGUCCCAGCACCAGCACCAACUGAAGCCCCAGAACCAGCUGCACCAACAACUGAAGCCCCAGAACCAGCUGCACCAACAACUGAAGCCCCAGCACCAGCUGUAGCUACAGUCCCAGCACCAGCACCAACUGAAGCCCCAGAACCAGCUGCACCAACAACUGAAGCCCCAGAACCAGCUGUAGCUGCAGUCCCAGCACCAGCACCAACUGAAGCCCCAGAACCAGCUGCACCAACAACUGAAGCCCCAGAACCAGCUGUAGCUGCAGUCCCAGCACCAGCACCAACUGAAGCCCCAGAACCAGCUGCACCAACAACUGAAGCCCCAGAACCAGCUGCACCAACAACUGAAGCCCCAGAACCAGCUGUAGCUGCAGUCCCAGCACCAGCCCCAGCACCAACUGAAGCCCCAGAACCAGCUGUAGCUGCAGUCCCAGCACCAGCCCCAGCACCAACUGAAACCCCAGCACCAGCUGCAGCACCAUCUGAAGCCCCAGCACCAGCUGUAGCUGCAGUCCCAGCACCAGCCCCAGCACCAACUAAAGCCCCAGAACCGGCUGCACCAACAAAUGAAGCCCCAGCACCAGCUGCAGCACCAUCUGAAGCCCCAGCACCAGCUGUAGCUGCAGUCCCAGCACCAGCCCCAGCACCAACUAAAGCCCCAGAACCGGCUGCACCAACAAAUGAAGCCCCAGCACCAGCUGCAGCACCAUCUGAAGCCCCAGCUCCAGCUGUAGCUGCAAUCCCAGCACCAGCCCCAGUAUACACUGAAGCUGCAGCACCUGAAGCAACAGCCGCAGCACCAACUGAAACCGCAACACCAACCGAAGCAACAGCCACAGCAUCAACUGAAGCCCCAGAACCAGCUGCACCAACAAAUGAAGCCCCAGCACCAGCUGCAGCACCAUCUGAAGCCCCAGCUCCAGCUGUAGCUGCAAUCCCAGCACCAGCCCCAGCAUACACUGAAGCUGCAGCACCUGAAGCAACAGCCGCAGCACCAACUGAAGCCGCAACACCAACCGAAGCAACAGCCACAUUAUCAACUGAAGCCCCAGAACCGGCUGCACCAACAAAUGAAGCCCCAGCACCAGCUGCAGCACCAUCUGAAGCCCCAGCUCCAGCUGUAGCUGCAAUCCCAGCACCAGCCCCAGCAUACACUGAAGCUGCAGCACCUGAAGCAACAGCCGCAGCACCAACUGAAGCCGCAACACCAACCGAAGCAACAGCCACAGCAUCAACUGAAGUCGCAGCACCAACUGAAGCCACAGCACCAACUGAAGCUAAAGCCCUAUCACCAGCAGUAGUAACAGACAAGGCUUCAGAACCAAGUGAAGUAUCAGCAUCGGACGAGGCAGUACACACUCUUAUAGAUAUAAAGAUUGCUGCAGCAACUAUUCCACUGUUGCCUCCAUUAUCACCAGUCACUGCAGCUGCUCAAACAAAGGCAGAUCCCUCACCUAAAGUGACUUCUGCAACUGAAGCCUCUCAGGAUAUAGAGAGCGUGAAAGCCAAAAAGGAGGAUUGAGUUGAGAUAAGAGAUGCACCAAAAAACAUAAACCCAAAGCUACCAUUGGAAGAAAACUGGAAGGAGAACAAGACAAAGCAGUAAAUGCUACAUUUUCAGUAUUGUCAUCAGCGCUUGCCAAACUGUACAUCAGAUGCUAUGGUGUAUGGUGCCCUAAUAACAUGUCAUUAGGAAAUAUCAGGAUAUUUCCUUAAUGUGUAUAUAUAAACUUUUUUAAAGGUAUUUUACUGACACCUUCUGUGCCCUUAAGCCACGUACUUGAUAUGCAGGUCAAACAAGCCAUUACAGGACAGGCGAGAUGAGACUAGAGGGUGCAAUAUUCUGUGAAAUCUGUGAAAUCUGUGAACUCUUGUGUGCAACACACUCUCACUCCAUAAUCGUCCAGGAGCGACGUUUGGUCAGGGUCCCGUGGCGUGCAAUUGUGACGCUCCUAGGCUCCUUCAGCUUCAUAAAGGGACACAAAUAGCU